AAAAAAAUUUCAAAGGCGCUCGUCCCGAUGUGCAUUUUUCGUGUGCGUGUGUGCAUCUAGAUUCUUGCUGCUGUGAAUCGAGCUAGCCUAAACUGAACGUCCGAGGCAUUCUUGUGUGUUGGUGUGCUAACUUCUCCUUGUAAUGGCUACUUCCCAUUGGAGCAGAACUAACGGCCAUCGCCUUGGUGCCCCAGGGGAAGACGAAUCGACGGCAACGCAAGAAACAGCAGCAGCGAAUCCGUCAUCCUCUCCGCACCGAGCCAAGGAGGAGUGCACGCUAACAGCGGAGCGUCUCAUCGCUGGCAUCCUAUCGUACAAUCUGGAGCAAGCGGGCAGUGUAGAUCUACCGGAAGGCCUGAGAACGCGAGGCGAGGCCACGGCCGCCGAAGUCACAAACUCCACGGCAAACGCUGCUGCUGGUGUACAAGACGCAAGUUCAUCAGCACGACAACAGCCAAGACUGGAACGUGAGCAGCCAGUAGUAGCAGCAGCAGCAGAAACAGUACGACCGCCGCCUGGCAGCAAAGGUAGCAAUUUAUAUCUACUCGUGCUACACCUGACGAAAGACGUUCAGAGAAAAUACGAUGGCAUGUUUCAGAAUAUGAUGGAGGAGCUGCGCCCUUCGGCACAGACUGCAUAUCCGCAGUUUCUUGGUGUGACGGAGGGCAUGUUCCGCGAGGAGAUCACCUACGGUCGUAUUCUCGCGCUUAUUGUCUUCUGCAGCGAGCUAGCGCUGUAUUGCAUGGAGCAAGCGAGUCUAGGUGCUGAGUUCAUCACGAGCGUUCUCGCCUGGUUCGUGCGCUAUUACGAUGCGAAAUUAGCACAAUGGAUGGCGGAACACAACGGUUGGGCUGGUUUCGAAGAGGCCUUCUCCCGUUUCAUCCCUCAAAUUGGAGUUCAAGACGAAAGUGGCCAGAUUAUACCCUACGAUUCUGUAGAGGGUCCACGGACUAAGGGGGUGUCAUGGCGAGUCGGCAUGGUCGCAGCUGUUGUCGGUGCUGUUGCCAUUAACUAUUUUUUGUCAGAUUAGCAGGAACAGGGGGUGGCAGAAAGGGUGUGCGUGGGUGCGUGUGUGUGUGUGUGUGAGAGAGAGAGAGAGAGAGAGAGAGAGAGAGAGAGAGAGAGAGAGAGAGAGAGAGAGAGAGAGAGAGGGAUAGAGAGAGAGAGAGAGAGACAGAGAGACAGAGAGAGAGAGAGAGAGAGAGAGAGAGAGAGAGAGAGAGAGAGAGAGAGAGAGAGAGAGAGAGAGAGAGAGAGAGAGAGAGAGAGAGAGAGAGAGACAGAUUGAGUUCCGGGGAACAUUCCAGCUUCAGUGACAGUAGUGACAGUGGUGGUCAGAGAGAUCGGCCAAUGAGAGUGGCGGGCAUUGAGUGAUGAUUAGUGCUACGUUGCUACCAUUCUGCAGUACUCACCCCCCCCCCCCCCCCCUAUAUCUCCAAUACUCACCCCCUAUAUCUCCAGGACUCUAGUUGCACGUGUCCUUGUGUACAUACCCGCCGUGCUAAUCAUAUCAACUGGCACAUGCAAUAGACCAUGAUCAGCAGUGGAUGACUGCUGCUGGGCUGCGUCUUCUGCCGCUUUUGUCCUUGUUGUUGCUGUUUUUGGUGCUGUUGUUGUUGUCGUCGUCGGGGUGUUUUUGUUGUCGUUGUUAUCGUUAUCGUGGUUAUUGCUGUGGUGGUUGGAGGCAGUGGUGGUGGUAGUGUUUUUGUUGGUUUUGCUGCUGCUGCUGCUGCUGCUGCUGCUGCUGCUUCCGCUGCUCUCGCCUUCACUGCUAUUCACUGCUAUUGUUGGUAGUGGUGCCGGGGUGCAUGCAUGGUCUCCUAGCUCUCCCACUCGGUGACACCAGCGACAAUCAGGCAGCUACAACCAUAGGCAUAGCUGCGUUGCUGCUUGCGCUGUGUGUGUGUGUGUGUGUGUGUGUGUGUGUGUGUGUGUGUGUGUGUGUGUGUGUGUGUGUGUGUGUGUGUGUGUCACUUGUCGGCCGAUACCGUUGAGCUGAGAAUUUGUUGACUUGAUUUUCUCCAGCACAUCAUCUUUACAUCUGCACCUGUUCAUUAUCCACAGCUUUUUUCAGAGUAGCUGCUUAGUAGCUCUACCGUAUGCGCACUAGUAGUAUUGCAUUGAGCCGCGCUGCAUUGCCGCCGUGAAGUUGAGCCGAUGAUAUUCCCGGUCUUCCUAUCAUUCCUGCGCCGUGUGUGCGCUUGUACUAUACCCGUUGCCACGUAGUCACAUCCAUUAAUCUCAUGCACAUUGAGUGCUCAAGGAGUUGUGUUUCCAGAAUACGAUCCAACAUGCUGCCUGCCCGGCCAUUACUCACAAUACUUUGCACCACAUAUUGAGAGUGGCUCUUUCUGUUGAUAUGAUAAUUAUGCAACUACUUGGAACGUUG